AAAAAGUGUUCUCAAAAUAUCAUUGUCAUCCUUGGGAAAAAGAUAUUUAAAGAGAAGAAAGACAUUCUGAAUUAAGAAGGAAGAAAAAUGUGGAGGGUGAAGAUAGGAGAUGGAGGAAAAGAUCCACACAUAUUUAGCACAAACAAUUUCUUAGGAAGACAAAUAUGGGAGUUUGAUCCUUUGGGUGGUGAUCCUGAAGAACGAGCUAAAGUUGAAAAAGCUCGUCAAGAUUUCUUUCAUAAUCGCUACAAACUCAAAGCUUGUGGUGAUCGGUUAUGGCGAUUUCAGAUGCAGAGGGAGAAUAACUUUAAACAAAGAAUAAGUAGCGUAAAGAUAGGAGAAGAUGAGGAGGUUAAAUGUGAAAAAAUUGGGAUGACACUGAGAAGGGCCUCACAUUAUCUUGCUUCACUUCAAACUAUUCAUGGCCAUUGGCCAGCUCACACUGGUGCUCCUCUCUUUUAUACUCCUCCUUUUGUCAUCUGCAUGUACGUGACAGGAUCUCUUGAUUUUAUAUUGUCGGCAGAGCACCGUAAAGAAAUUCUUCGUUAUAUAUAUUAUCACCAGAACGAAGAUGGAGGGUGGGGAUUACACAUAGAGGGUCCUAGCAUCAUGUAUUGUACCGUACUCAAUUAUGUAACUAUGAGAAUUCUUGGAGAAGAAGCCGAUGGAGGUCAUAACAACGCCUGCGCUAAGGCCAGAAACUGGAUUCAUGAUCAUGGUAGCGUAACACUUAUGCCUUCGUGGGGAAAAUUUUGGCUUUCGAUACUUGGUGUAGUUGAUUGGUGUGGAAGUAACCCAUUGCCCCCUGAGUUUUGGAUCCUUCCCACUUCACUCCCUUUGCAUCCAGGUAAAAUGUGGUGUUAUAGUAGAUUGGUAUACUUGCCAAUGUCUUAUUUAUAUGGGAAGAAAUUUGUUGGUCCAAUCACACCAUUAAUCCUUAGUUUGAGAGAAGAACUCUUUAUUCAACCUUAUGACAAAAACAAUUGGAAGAAAGCACGACAGAAAUGUGCAAAGGAAGAUCUUUAUUUUCCUCAUCCUCUGAUACAAGAUUUAAUAUGGGAUGGUUUGUAUGUAUUGGCCGAACCACUUCUUAUGCAUUGGCCUUUCAACAAAUUGGUUAGAGAAAAGGCACUUCAAGUCACCAUGAAUCAAAUCCAUUAUGAAGAUGAAAAUAGUCGAUAUAUAAAUGUUGGAUGUGUGGAAAAGAUAUUAAGUAUGCUUGCUUGUUGGGUGGAAGAUUCAAAUGGAGAAGCUUUCAAAAAUCAUCUUGCCAGAAUCCCAGAUUACUUAUGGGUUUCGGAAGAUGGAAUGACCUUGCAGGGUACUACUGGAAGUCAGACAUGGGAUAUUAGCUUUGUUAUUCAAGCUUUACUUGCUACUGAUUUAAUUGAGGAAUUUGGUCUCACUCUUUUAAAAGCGCACGAUUUCAUCAAGAAAUCUCAGAUCACUGAUAAUCCAUCGGGAGAUUUCAAUAGCAUGUAUCGUCACAUAUCCAAAGGGUCAUGGGCCUUUUCAGAUAAAGACCAUGGAUGGCAAGUUUCUGACACCACUGCAGAAUCUUUGAAGUGUUGUUUACUUUUAUCGAUGUUACCACAAGAGAUUGUAGGAGAAAGAAUGGAUCCUACAAAGUUAUACGAUGCUGUCAAUGUCAUAUUAUCAUUCCAGAGCAAAAACGGAGGUAUAACUGCAUGGGAGCCAGCAAGAAGUCACAAAUGGUUGGAAGUGCUUAAUCCGACGGAACUAUUUGGUGAUAUAGUAAUCGAGCAUGAACAUGUUGAAUGCAGUGGUUCUGCAAUUGAAGCUUUAGUGUUGUUCAAGAAUGUAUAUCCAGAACACAGGAAGAAAGAGAUAGAUAGGUUUAUUGUAAAAGCAGUAGAAUUCCUUGAAAAUAGUCAAACAGUGGAAGGAUGUUGGUAUGGGAGUUGGGGAAUUUGCUUCAUCUACAGUACAUGGUUUGCGUUUAGAGGUCUUGUUGCUGCAGGCAAGACUUACAGCAAUUCUGAUGUCAUUCGCAGAGCUGUGAAAUUUCUGCUCACAACACAGAAUGAAGAUGGUGGCUGGGGAGAGAGCUAUCUUUCAUGUCAAAGAAAGAUAUAUACACCUCUUGAAGAAAAUGGAUCAAAUAUUGUACAAACGGCUUGGGCUCUAAUGGCUCUGAUUCUUGCUGGACAGUUUGAGAGAGACCCAACUCCCCUUCAUCAUGCAGCAAAGUUGCUCAUUAAUUAUCAAUUAGAAGAUGGUGAUUGGCCUCAAGAGCAAGUUACCGGAGCAUUUGGGAAGAGUUGCACAGUACAUUACCCACUUUAUAGAAAUGUUUUUCCGAUGUGGGCUCUGGGUGAAUAUCACAGGAAAGUUCUAUCACUUUCCAACAAUAUUUAUUUGAAAAAAAUAUAUUAUCAAUAAAAAAACUGUUCAGAGUUUGAU